UGGUCAACUGUUAAAUCGGYCAUGAUGAUAUCGGAAUCGGAAAUGAAAGAAAACUAUUUCCGGUCCAUGAUGAUUGAUCGCCGAGAAAGACUGGAUCGAGAUAACAAUUUUGUGCUUGCUCAGGAACGAGGCUAUUUAGAAUCGCGGGCUCGGGAUUACGAGUGCGGUUUCCAAUGGGCAUGCGCAGUGCCUAUUUCAGCUCGACAAAGCUGUGUAAUGGCGACGGAUCAAGAGUCGAAUAAUCUCGACGAAUUUGAUUUAGAGCAAGUUAUAAAUUGGGAAGAACACAAUUACGCUUCAAAGAAUUUAGAAAUCCAGCAAUUACCUGACUUAGACCUAUCAACAGACCUUCCAGUCAGUGCUCCUUCAGCAUUGCCUGGCACAUCCACCACAGCAAGCCAUGCUAGACAAUUAUUACUUGGUAACCAAGUUAUUGGAUCCCACACACAGCCAACAAGGGAACAAAAUGCUUCCAUCAUGGCUGGGAUCCCACAGGUAUCCACCUCCUCAGUCCUUAACCCAGUCUUCCCACAAAGUGCGAGCUGUAUGAUAACAGACAUACGAGAUGAGCUGACACGCUCUCGGGUACCACCUUCUUCCAGACAUGUGGAACCUGCUUUCCCCUCAGAGAACUUCGAUCUUCCUUCAAUCAAUCACCAGCCACCACUUGUGUCAUCCGGAUCACAGUCCCUGAACUAUUUGGCUAGCCAUAGAAGCCAGGUCGCAAGCAUGCAAGUACCUCCUGCGCAGCAGUUAGGACAUGCUGGUCAUGCUAUGCCGAGGCAUAGGUCACUGCAUAAUGGUAUGCAAAGCUUUAACCAACCAAAUUUAACUUCAAGUUUGCCAAAUUUGCCUGUUAAUGAGCCUUUGGAAAAUGAUGAUAAUGGAGAUUCUAUUGACCAGUUGAUUGAAGACAUUGUUGAUCGAGAUAUGCCACAAGGUGUUGGUGAUCCUGUUGUCUUUUCCUCAACUUCCCAUAGGGUACCUCUGAGUAAUCAGCACCAGCAUCAGCAUCAACCAAUACAUCAUGUAAUGACUCAGAAUCCAAGAUCUAGCAGCCCAAGCCAAAUGGCUGCCAUGGUACGAAGUCCUUCCUCUGCGGCUAAUGGGAGUCCACUAGCUGGUGGUGGUAGUCAAAUAGCCAGUAAUAAGCCUAUAGGUACAAGCAUGCCACAUGCCAAUAGUCCAUUAUCACAGAACCCAGCAAGCCCAAUCAAAGCACCAAGUCCUCAGGUGGCACAAUAUAAAUCAUCUAUACCUCUGCGAGCAUCAAGAGGAAGCAAGUCAGUCAAACUACCAAUCAGCAACAAUCAGCAACAACCUCAUUCACCUCAAAACAUGGCCAUUGGGGUUAAUCAAGGUCAAGUUCAUAGUCCACGCCCAACACCCCAGAGAAGCCCACAGCAGCCUGGGAAUGCCAAUAGUCCUCCCUCUACUGCUAGUUCCAUAAUGUCUCAGAACAUUUCUUCACCUUUGGCACAGAUGUCCCCUCUUUCUUCAGGUACCCCUCAAAAUAUCAUAAUGACCAUGGGUGUGCAACAGUCACCUGUAGCCUCGCCAAUGAGCAUUUCAUCACCCCAGAGUCAGAGGCCCUCUAGACAGGCAUCACCUGGAUUAUGUAAUAUAGGUUCACCAGCACCUCCUGUGGCAGCGCAAGAGUUUCCCAAACUUCAGACUGGAGCCUCUUUAACCCAGUCCUACAUGACUCAAGCAAAUACUGCAAAGCCAUCAGUACCAAACCAAACCGGUUUACAGAAUGGAAAUAACUUGCGACAGGCUAAUAUCACUCAGGCAAACGUGGUAAGGACUCAAGGGAGUGCGCUACAUCAGCCGGCUGGCAGUAUGAGCGCACAAGAUACAAACAGAGGAAAUAUGUGGACACAAAACCCAUUUCUUUCAACCCAGCAAGUUCAAAGACCUGUUAACAAUGUUGUAACAGCUGCACAAGCAAGUGUUUCAUCUCCGAGACAGUCRGAACAUCUAUCCCAGGAGCAAGCUGACGUAAACAUUUCUUCAAACUCUGCAGUUUCUGAAGAAGCACGUAGUUCUAUUCCCCUAAGUUCUCUGAGUCAAACUCAACCUACGUCAACAUUUGAUACAGCUACUGUUUUACGAGGGCUCAAUGCUUUGAAAGGAACUAAUGUCAUACCUGUUUCCUUAAAACRGGGUGUCAAUAACCAACAAUUACAAGCAGUGAAGCUUCCUUACACUGCCGCAAAUAUUGACUUAUUGAAACAAGCAAUGUUGUUGAAGGCGGCAGGGCAAGGAGGUGUGGGACAAACACCAGGAAAGCCAUUGGCUAUUAACACUUCUCAAGGACAGGUUUUCUACUAUAUUUUACCUAAGGGAACCAAUAUUGGGUCUGGUUCUGGUUCAGCGGCACAAAAUACUUCAGGACAACAAUUGAAAAUGGUCUUUAUUAAUACCAAAAGUAGUUCAGCAAAUACUUCUGUUAAGACUGUUAAUUCUACUGUUGGUGGAACAACAAAACCAUCUGCGCAAGUUUUUUCGCUGAACAACAAUAUUAACUUUUCUACGUCAAACAGCUUAGUGACUAGUGCAGGUGUUACACAGCCUGUUGUAUCGUCACUUUCGUCAUCGUCAAACCCAAGUCCACAGAUGUUGGGCACAUCUUUGGUGGCUAAAUCUCAGGGCCUUCCUACAGUAACAACAGUAAACCAGCCAAGUAUUAUUGCUACCUCAAACCAACAGCAGCAUUCAACACUGGAUACUAAUCUACUGAAUAAGCUAGUGUCUGGUCAAGGUGCCAGUAACAUUACUAUUCCAUCUAAUCCUUCAUCAUCUCAAAAUAUAAGCACAACCCAAAUAACAUUUGUUAAUGAAUGUACUUCUGUUAAUCAUCUGGUUUCGGCAAUGGGAAUGAGYCAAAUGGCAAGUAAUGUCUUCACGACCCACCCAGUCACAUUACCAGUUACAACAACUGUUUCCAAGGCAACAGCUAUGUCAAGUUCUGCCGAGCCAUCAGUUACUGUAGGUGAUAGUGAUGAUAGUGAUACUCCGCUUGCAGUAGUUGCUAAAACAUUAAAAAAAGCUACUGGGGAUGAAAAGAAAAAGAAGAAGAAAAAGAAAGGAGAGAAACGGAAGAAGAAAGACAAGUCUUCUGCUGGUUCUGAAAAAAUAUUUCCAGCUUUUCAAAUAUUCUUCAAGGAAACACAGGCAGCAAUCAGACAGCAAAAUCCAUCUGCUCAGUUUACUGAUGUUACCAAGAUAGUACGACAGAUGUGGGAAAACCUACCAGAAGACAAGAAAAAAGUAUAUUAUGCUAAAUAUGAAAAGGCUAAAGCAGAAAGUGAAAGCAAACCUCAGGAACCAAGCCCUAAGAUCAGAAAGCUAGAAACUACCUCUACUAGUAUUGCUUCCCCUAUCUCAUCACCCAAAACCACAGGCCUCCCAUCAAGUUCUUCUGUAACUAUCUUAACUACCAAGGACCCAGCUAAACAGGAAAGCAUUACCCUGAAAAUACCAAAAUCUGUUUUGAAUAAAAGUGAGCCACCACUAAAAGUAGCAAAGGUCACUCCUACAACAGUGAGCAAAACUAUGACUGCUGGAAGUACAUCUUCGCCACCGGUAAAGACAAAGAAACCCAAGAUGGCUAUCAAUCCUAUUACUCAAAGAAUUUGCAUAAGAGAAGGCUGCAACAUGCCUGCACGGACAACAAAAGAAAGAGGAACCCAGUAUUGUAGUAAUGAUUGCAUUAUUGCACAUUGUAGAAAUGUAUUUAAUAGUUGGGUGUCGCAAAGAAAACAGGAGGUACCAGUAUCAUGACCAGAUGAAAUAUUAUGAUCAUUUAAUGGCAAUUGAACCUAAUACCUAAUACUGUAUUAAUAGUAGUUUUGUAUAAUAUAAAAAUAUAUUGCAUGUGAGGUGGUAGUGGUCUGUAACAUGCACAGUAAAAAAAUCAUUCUCAAAACAAAUAAUUUAUACAAAAAUUGCACAUAAAGAAGUCUUCAUUGUUGGUCUUCAUAUACAAGAGGGAAGCAUGAAAAAUGAAUAAAUGAGAAACUUUUCUAGUAAUGCUUUUUUUAAUUCAACUUCAUCAUCCUCAUUAUAUAGUUUUCAGUUUUUGUUACAGAGAAUUGUCUCUUAUUAGAUGUCUGGUAAGAAAGAAAGUACCUUUUUUCACACAAUAAUAAUGUACUGAUCGAGACAAACAUUGUGGCUUAUUAAUCAUCAGUAAGCUACCAUCAAUCAAAUAGAUUGUUAGAGUAUGUAAAACAGGGGCAGAUCCAGGGGAGAGGUGCAGAGGGUGCGCACCCCUCCCUGGUUCCACUUUGUGCCCCUAUUUUGAAGAUAACCAAAACUGUUUUUCCCUUUGAUUCUAGGGGUUGCACCCCUCCCUGGGUUAACUUUGUGCACAGCACCCCUUCCUUAACAAAAUCCUGGAUCCACCCCUGUAAACCAUACUCUAAAUAUAUAUUUGGUUGAUGUUGGUCUACACUAGCAAUAAACCUACUUAUAAUAAUUUCUGUGGUCUAAAUUAGUGAUUAUUCUUAAACAGCAACAGCUCAAAACUAAACGAYGAAAUGUUUGUUAAUUCUUGUGUUGUGAAAUUUUGAAACGGGUGUGUAUUUGAAUGCUUCCAAAUUGUUAUAAGAUGACAAUGAGGACAUAUUACAUGAUAUUAUUUAAGUGGUUUAUAUUUAGACCCAGUAAUGUGAAUAAGAGCUAUGUACCUAGUUUAUGUACAUUAAUUGUUGAUUAUUCCAGUUAUCAUGCAUGUAUGGCUCACAGAAAGUAUAAUUGCAAGUUAGACCCAGUAAUGUGAAUAAGAGCUAUGUACCUAGUUUAUGUACAUUAAUUGUUGAUUAUUCCAGUUAUCAUGCACGUAUGACUCACAGAAAGUAUAAUUGCAAGGUUUUAAAAAUGGUCUUGCUAUGAAUUAUCACAACCUUUAUGGAUAAAAAUAAGGGUUACAUUAAGAAACAUGAUGUUGUUGGGCAUAAUUUCAUGACUGAUAAUAGGAGAACAAAUGUUCCUAUCUCCAGUGAGGGUAAUACAUUCUACAGCUGCAGCAGAGCACCAAUAGACCCCUUGCAUGUGACAUCAAAGCUGGGGGACAAAGCAAAACUAUUUCAAUCUUGUGGAACCUAUUGUUUUGUCCCCCAGAUCGAGCUGAAUUGCAAAGUUCUGCAAGAGAUCUUUUGGCCGAUUGUGAUUAAUCAAUCGACUGACAGUACUUCUAGCGGUCAAUGGAUCAAUAAUUGGAGACGAUCAAUUUGCCCAGCCAUGGUCAAUCAUUGUACAGUAUAUUUUCCAGUUGUACUGCCAUUUUCUGACAUAAUAUUUUAAUUAGCUAUUCUCCUGCAACUGUAUUCAAAUGUCCUUCCUCUCCUUGUCUUGGUACUCAAUCAUAAGAUACAUUAAAAUUCACUUUAUAAGUCCUA